AUGACAUCGGGCUUCGCGGGGUCCUUCUGGUCCAGCGACUAUGCUGGCGGGCUUGGAGUCCUCUUCCAGAAGCUUCAACAAGGUGUUCAGGAGAACCAGCAGAUCCUCACUAUCGCACGACUGCGCGCCGACGCCGAGGAGGCUUAUGGGAACAGCCUGGCCAGCAUUACUCCUGCUACGGAGCGCAUAUCUGGCGGCUUUGGGCGCGAUGAAGGAGCAAGCGUGCGCAAGGCUUAUGAAGGCGUCCGCACUGAGAUGGAGGUCGCGGCGCAGAAUCACCGCAAGAUCGCUUCUAACAUUCGCGAGCUUGUCGUGAAUCCCUUCAGCCGUUGGGCUGACCAGCACGCUGCACGAGUGCAAAACUCACAGGACGAUCUCCAGGCGCGCAUCAAGCUCCACGACCGCCAAGCGGACGCGGUCCGCAAAUUUCGUUCUCAAUACUAUAACAAGUGUAGACUCGUGGAAGACCUGGAAGAGGAGGACAAACUUGCAUUCCAGGAUCCGCAGAGCGAGGUUUCUCAGAGCCCCAGGGUUAAGGUCCCUACGAUCAAGAUGUCCGAACCUGAGGAGAGCGAUGACGAUCCGAUUGAGCUUGGUGAUGAGACCUACCAACCCGAACAAGUCAAAAAGAUCCUUACCCACGUGCUGGAGACGAUCAAACUGCAGGAAGUCAGAGUUCCUAUUCUCGGCACGUACCAGAACUGCUCGACCGGUGCGGAUAUCACGGAGUACAUCCAAAAGCACAUGGCUGCCACUAGUGUGAGCUAUGCUGAAAGGAUCGGGCAAGACCUCAUCUCUGCUGGCUUUUUGCGCCUCGUCGGCAACGUUGGAAACACGUUCGCAAACAGCUCACGGAUGAACUACCAGUGGAAGUCCAAAGUGUUCCAAAUCACGGGGAUACCAGAGAAGAAAAAGGGCCUAGAGAGAUCUGGAACAGUCAUGUCUACCAUGUCGCAGGAUAGCUUCACCGUGGACUCCCCAGUGGGCGCUGUCCAGGAGUUGAUCUCCGGCUGGAAUCCACUCAACAAUCCUUAUCCCAACGAGACUCCAGCCGAGAGGCUCCGACGCGAGGCAAGGGAGGCAGAUGAGAGGUACAAGGCGGCCGUCAAGAAGUUGGACUCGCUACGCUGCAAUCUGGAAGAGGCGAUGAUCGACCAUCUGAAGUUCAUGGAGAGGUGCGAGUUGGACAGGUUGAAGGCCAUCAAGGCUGUCAUCCUUGACUUUUCUGGGGCCAUCAGCAACGUCAUUCCUAGCCUGCAGAGCACGGUCGACAAGAUGAUGCUGUUCCAAGAGACGAUUCAACCACUCGGGGACGUAAGAUACUUGCUGGAGAACUACAGGACCGGCCCAUUCCAUCCCAAAGUCGUCACGUACGAGAACUACUACAACUCUGUCGAUGAGCAAACGUUUGGCGUAGAUCUGGAGGCGCGGGCACGGUCUGACCGCAAACGAGUGCCUGUCAUCGUUACUACCAUCCUGACAUUCCUGGACAACCACUACCCAGACCUUGAGGGUGACGAAGCCCGCCGAGGCAUCUGGUUGGUGGAUGUCCCUCUCGCGCAAACCCACAGUCUCCGGGCUGCCAUCAACACCGGCAAGACCUUCCCUCAUGAGAUCCUCGAGAAAUACGACAUCCCUAUAGUCGCUAGCGUCUUGAAACUCUAUCUCCUUGAGCUUCCUGAUUCUUUGGUGUCCUCGCACGUCUACGAGAUUGUAAAGACCAUAUACAGCACUACGGCGACUGAGACAUCCGAAGAAACCAGAAUCUCAGUUAUCCAGUCGACUCUUGGCCAGCUUCGCCUCGCUAACAUCGCGACGUUGGACGCCAUCACCACACAUUUCACCCGCCUGAUAGAGCUCACAUCGGCUGAUGAGACUUACGUCGCUGCCCUCGCCAAUACGCUGGCACCUUGCAUCCUGCGCCCACGCGUCGAGUCAAGUCUGACAAUGAAUGAGCGCUACAGCUACCGUCUCAUCCGUGAUCUUUUCGCCCACAAGGAAGCCAUCUUCGGGGAGCUGAAACGCGCAAGCACACUCACGCACUCGGCCUCCGGUGCGCAACGUCCUCGAGCCAUUUCGACGGAUGAAAGCAACCGCCGCGCCAAUUAUGAAGAGCGCAAUCGAGCAAUCGCGGCGCAGCGGUCUCCGAGGGCAACCUCGCCUGCUCCAGGUCCGCGUAAUGGGAUAGCACAUCGCCGCGACCGUAGUCAAACGAGGUUUCCCGUGAACACAUCUUCGCCGACUGAACGGAGAGGAACAGUGGGCUCGAGGAACUCGCUGGAAGUUCCAGGUACGGCGGAUAGCCCCGUGGUCGACGAUAAGGGACUGAAUGGGAACUCUGAUGCACAAGAACAUCCCAGCCCAUCAAGCACACGUGUGCCCUUUCCCAGGAAGCAUGCCGGUAGCUUGGCAAGGUCCAAUCGCGAUUCCCUGAGUAGUAUGAAGGGUGAGGAUUCCGGCCCGCGUGGGGUUCAACUCGAGGACAAGCCUAUGGAUGAUUGA